AUGAAACUCCUAUCUUGGAAUGUCAGGGGCAUCAAUUCCCCUAACAAAUGGCGCUUGAUUAAGCACCAUAUUGAUGACACUAAAGGAGAUAUUUGGCUACUUCAGGAAACUAAAUGGAGCAUGGCUGAGACUACUACUAAAAUGAGAGUUUGGAAACAGUGGAAUGGGAUUUUUAGGCAAUCGAAUGGAGCCUUUGGUGGCUUGGGUAUCAUUUGGAACCCCAUGAAUGUUAAGAUCUCACUUGUAGGAGAAGAUAAGUAUUGGAAACACUGCUUGGUUACCAUUCUUGGACAAAAUGAGAAUUUCAAUCUUUUCAAUGUGUAUGGACCAUCUACUACCAGUGAUAAACGGGCUCUCUGGGCUCUCUUAUCCAGUAAACUAAAUAGUAUUACCGAAAAUAGUUGUGUGGUAGCCCGGGACUUCAAUGUGAUCCUCUCUAGCACUGAGAAAAGUGGGGGUAUCCAGAGAACUGGUAUGUCCCAUAAGGAUUUUUUGGAUUUUGUUGAGCAGAAUUACCUUUUAGACAUUGUUCUGAAAAAUGGUACUUUCACAUGGACAAAUCGGAGAGCAGGUUUUACUAAUAUUGUUGAACGACUUGACUAG